GCUGCUUGUCAAAGUGGCGGGAACCACCAAGCGCGCGUGAUUACUCAAUAGAAACACCUCAAACCACCAAAAUUAUGGAGCCAGAUGAUCCAAAAAGCAAAAAGAACAAUCUGACUCCGAGGAAGGAGGAAAUCACUGAUGAUGAGUCAGUGGAAGAGGUGAUAGCGUGCGCAUCUGCGAAGAAAAAGGCAGCGCUGAGGAGAAGAAUAAUUAAUUCAGAUGACGAGCAACAUGAAAAGUAAGUAAAAUUGUGGAAAAUCUAAAUUAUAGCCCGCUUAAGAAACAAAGAGUUGUUAUGGAGUUAACUUUUGAUGAAGACGCUUCAUCUAGUUCGAAGAGACUGCGAAAUUUGGACAUGUGGGCUGCCAGGGUUUUAACCCUCUGAAUUACGGCCAACAAAACCGAAAUUCGGCAUUUCGGACGCACUUCGCCGGAAAACAGCCAUUGGCUCCCCUUCUCUCCCCUCCCCCAUCAAAUAAUAUAUGUUUAUUGAAUAUUUGCCUAUCGUUACUAAGGCGUUGACCAAUCAAAUCGUCGUUAUUGCACAUAGAUCAUGCUUCCCGAGGAUGGGAUAGACGGAUGCGAAUAAUUUGCAUUUUAUGUAUCCUGGCGGUCAACAGAAUCUACAAGGCUGAAGUCCUGACAGCGAUGAUCAGUUUCUUCCUAAGUGGUGGCUAUUUGCUUUAUCAGCUUUAAAUUGAUAAUAAUCUGAGUGGAAAAAUGGCGAGGUGCGUUAUUUACAAAUUAGUUUCCCGACUUUUAUUUACAAAAUGGCACGACAAGCAAGAUGUGGCUUUUUUGUCGUCAAACGUUUCCCCAGAAGAGCAACGUAGGAAAAGAGGAAGAAACAUCGAUAUCCAAAAACCGUGAGUCUCGGAUUUUACACGGCAAACAUGGGUGGUGUAGAUAAGAGCUGACCAAUUUCGAUCCUAUUAUACCAUCGUAAGACAGUCGCGAAAGAGGUACAGGUACAUCUUUUGGUUCCUUUUUAACGUUGCUGCUUGCAAUAGAUAUAUUCUGGAAUGUGAAUACCUAAGGAUACGAAACCUGCGAAAACGACCACAAGCCCCUUUAGAGUUGGGUAAGCGCCUGAUAGACGGCUACGCCGCAACUCAAGUGCCGGCCCUAGAAACCACCAAGCGAUUCGAGAAGCAGGCCGAAAGAAACAAUGUGUACAGUGCAAAUCUGCUGGUCGAAAAACACUGAAAGGCUAACCAGUUGGAACGAGAAACAAGUGCUAACAGUGUGGUGUUGCGUUAUGCAAAGUGCGGUACUUUGCCGGUUAUCAUAGUGAAGACACAUGAACAUACAAAUCGAUUUUACAAUUCUUAAUUUCCAGUUUUUUCAAUGUGCAGAUCAUGUAAAUACGCAACAGAAACUAAAAGUGUCAUUCACUUGUCAUUUCAUCGUACAUUUUGAAGUUUUAAACUUGUAUUUUGGUCUUUUGACUGUGACUGCUCCAGGAAUGAGAGGCUGUUAGGCCGUGAGGCCUCCAGGAGUGAAAGGGUUAGUACUCGGACAACCAAGGAGGCAAGGGCCAAUUUUUAAGAAAGGAAGGGAUAGAGUGUUGAUGGUACUUUAUGCAAAUAUCUAUCUCGUUUGAACUCAUCAAGACUUUCUACACAAAGAAACGAGAAUGUUGUAGGAUGACAUGUUAUCACAUACCAGACGAAAAAACACUUUAAAUUCUCAGUCUGCAUUUUGAACCCUCUCUGCAGUCUACAUUUUGUAUCUGAUCUGCACUCUGCAUUCAGCAUUUUGUACUAACAGGUAUCCAUGGCACCAAUACAGCUUAUUUUUAGUUACAGUUAUUCGCACAACACACUCAAUCUACCACAAAAUACCUGUGUAUGAGUCAAUUACUUCAACAUUUUAGUUCUUUUCCGAGUUAAUACUCUUUCCUUUUGUGAAAAUGUGGACAUCACUUACAAUGUUUCAAUUACUUCACUCAUCCAAAAAAAAAAAAAACUCUUGCAAGUAAAGCAUGCCUAUGUUUUGGUCUAUGGUACACUUCAAAAUUAGUAACACUCAGAGGUUAUAAUUGAGCCAUGGCUUGUUAUGCCCACUUUUUUAGAUGUUUGUUUAUAUUUAUUUAUAAAGCAUUCCCAAACUUAGCAUCUCCAAUAAGCUAGUGAUUUCUGUGUUUUCUGCAUCAUUUGCAGAAAUCACAGAAAUGACUGCAGAAUGUGCUACACAAGUCAGUUUAAUCUUUCAUGAACAAAACUUUUCGGGGCCUUAUACAUAUAAAUCAAUACAAUUAUUGAAUUUUGUUUUAAACAAAUUUGGUACUAGCAUUACAUGUACAAGUACUUAUGCUAGUUACAAGAUACAGUAUUCAGGAUUAUGUUGAUUUUUUAUUUGUUUAGUACUCCGGAGCAAGCUAAGAAGUUUAGAACAGAAAGCGGAAGGAAUGUGAGAAGGAAAUUAGCUUUUGAUGAGUUGAAGAAUGAAAGAGACCUUAAACAAAAAGGGCCAUCAAGCAAGCCUUGUAAUGCUUCAGAGGGCUCAUCUGAAGAAUCUGAGGUAUUUAUUAAAAUUGUUCAACAUACAUGUAUAUACAUGUAGUUAUUAUAUAUACAUGUAGAUUGGUCACUAUAACAAUUAGAUUCCUUGCUGCAGUGUGUCUGUUCUAUGAAUUUGAUCAGAGAUGAUGACAAAGUCUACUUAAUUAAAGCAAAAAAGCCCACUUGAGGUGCAGCUUACGUGUGACACUAACAUUCUCACCACUACACAGACCCACAGCAACAUGGAAUCUAUUUGUUUUUUGAUAAAGGAACCAACUGUUGCUCAUGGAAGGGUCAUCUGUAUGUCUGUCCUUUAAAAGAUUCCAAGAAAAAAGUAAUGAAAAUGCAUAUAUGAUUUAGCAUAUUAUGUCAUCGAUAAUAUAUCAUCUUUUACUCCUCCUCUGUAGCCCACUCUAAGUUAAAUUGGGCUACAUCCUGGCUAUGAGAAACAGAAAAUUUGUUUUUCUUUUCAUUGGGAUCAUUUCUGGAAUUAAUAACUCUAAUCCUGAUGGAAAAGUAGGCUUGUGUUCAUCGUCAACUUUUUGGGAAUUAAAUUAAGGUGAAACUGGAAUUUUCUUUCCUUCCUUAAUUCUCCAAUAUUAAGGUUUUUCAAAGUUUCCUAUUAGCAAUGGGAAAAGCCAGAAAAUGGUUUAUCACAGCUCAAGGCUUACAUGUAGCGCUUGCAGUAAUAAGGAGGGAAAGGCAACUAAGAAGUACAAAUGUUUUAUGCAGAUUGUUAGAAACAGAAUGAGAAUGUAAAAGCUAAAGUUGCCAAAUACAGGUCACCAAUUUGACAACUUUUACUGACCAGAGGAUUUCAGUUGUGAAAAUUUUUUUCCACCUACCUAAUGGCUACCAAAAAUCAUUCUUAGCUUGGAGCACUGAUCUUGUACAAUUUGUAUAAAAUUUCUUCCAUGCUUGAUGCAGAUUAGCACAGGUUUAUAUUUGUGGGAUGUGUUUCUGGAAAAUUUUUUCUAAUAGUCUGAUUAACUAAAUGUCUAGUCCAGCCACUUGAAAAGAUGUAUAACAUGUAUGUUUGGAGGAAGUUUUGAAAACUGAAAUACCCUGUUUUUACUUUUAGGUUAGCAGUUACCAUGGAAGUGAUGAAAGAUCUGAGGAUGAAUCAGAUCUUGACCUUUCUAGUGUGGACGAGGACUCUGAAAGUCAAGAUUUGGUAAGCAGUACAGUGUCUGCUUUUGUGAGUUAAAUCAAAUGAGGUUCUUUUUAAAUAGUUAUAUCAGGGCGUGAAAUUUUUUUUUUUUUCUGAUAGCCACUUGGCUCCUAAAUUCUUCAAAGUGGUUGCCAAUUCAAAAAGAGUUGGUCGCCAUUUUCAAAGCCAAACAAAACCUUUUUUUACCCUGUCAGCGUUCUAGAUAGAUCUUCCAAAAUUAAGUUAAGGAAAAGAUCUUUAAUGUGUUACAAAGUGGGCACCAAGACAGAUGAUAUACAACAUUCAAGCUCACCUAAAUCCAAGAUGGUGUCUAGUUAACCAUCGAGAUGCAUGUGCUACUUUUUGGAAACAAACUUAACGUGGAAGUUUGUCGCAGGUUUAUCUCUGUUAAACUUUUUAAUUCACUAUAUCUCUUGGUUAGGUUAUGAUGAAACACUCUAGUCGCCGAUUUGGUGACUUAUUUUCAGGAUUUGGUUGCCAAAGUGAAAAAUUUAGUCGCAUUGGCACCUGUAUUAGGCGCAAUUUCACGCCCUGUAUAUACUAGAUAGGAUAUGUUUAAGGGAAAUUUUUUUUCUUGUUGUCUAAUGAAUUAAAUAUUGAGCCACUGGAAAAUAUGUAUAACAUGUAUGUUUGGAGGAAGAGUAGACAACUGCUUGUAAUUGAAUUUUGAAGCUUUUUUCCACAAUACCCUGUGCUUAUCUACAGGCAAGCAGUUCACUUGAAAGAUCUAGUGAUGAAUCAGAUCCUGAAAAUUUUGGUGUGGAUGAAGUCACCAAAAGUCAAGAGCUGGUAAGCAGUACCAUGUCUGCUGUUGUGCAUCAAUCAAAUGAGGAACUUCUCCUUCAUAUAUGUAAUUCAAGUUUUCAGAUUCACUAAUUUUAGUAUAAUGAAUUACAGAGUGAUGGAGGCUGAAUUUAAAUGUAAUAAGAUUAGAAAAUUUAGUUUAACCUUGUUGAGGUGGAUAUAAAUCAGUUGAAAAGCUAUGGUUCAUUCACUCGAAACAAAGCUGACCAGGCUCAAGAUUGACACAUGUUGAAAUAUUGAUACAAUGUUGGUUGAUACAACAUUUAUUAAUGCCACUUUUAGGGAAGUAAAUGGACAUUCCUUCAAGAAAUGAAAUUGAACAAACAUUGGCCACUGCACAUCCCAUCCUCCAUUCAAAAGCAAGAUCCUCCUUUCUUGCCUGUUUUGCAGGCUCAUCUGGCAAAAUGAAUAAAAAUCUUUCUUGUUAAUUAAUGAUUACUCCAAGAUCAUUGAGAAAGUUAUCUUUACCAUUAUUGAUAAAAUAUACCUGCUUCAUUCCUUUAGUUUUUUUAUUAUAAUCUCGUCUGGUUUCAUUUUGCAAAAUAGUGUAAGCCCCAAAAAAUUGCCUUUUGAUCUUGUCUGAUUAAGUAACAUUAAUAUGCUCCUUAACCAUAUACAGACCAUGCCUUCUCAUUAUUUCAGCUCAACCCAAGAGAGAAACAACUGUUUCGACUACUUGUUGAAAAUCUCUUGAGAAGCAUUGUAGAUGCAUUGCUGGAAGGAAAUGGUAAAUAUUAUUUAUAUAAUAAGCUCAGUUAUGCAUGCAUUCUGAUUGGUUCUCACUUAUGAUCUAUUGGAGGACAGACGUAUAGAUGAAGUCAUCAUUAAAACAAAUAGAUUCCAAGUUGCUACAUGCAUCUGUUCAUUAAUAGAUCACAGAGGACGUCAAAGUGUGGUAAGAACAUCAGUGACACACUCGGCUGUGCCUUGUGUGUCACCUUUUUGUUCUUACCACAUUUUGACGUCAUCUGUGAUCUAUUACUGAACAGAUGCAUGGCAACUUGGAAUCUAUUUGUUAAUUUGUUUAUAUUACUACUCAAAGUAAGUACUGUAGAGAUUUUAUUGAUAAUGUAGUUUGAAACAUGAAUGUAUACAUACUUUAAAAGGACACAUCAUUUAAGUUUUGAUGUUCUAAUAUUUAUUGAAAAACAUACACUACAGGUACAUUAUUAUAGAUACCUGUUUUCAAUAACUAACUUGUAGAACAUUCCCACACAUAAAAAGUUGAUAAUGAUUAUGAGAAAAAGAUUUUGAAACUGAAUUUAAAAAGCUAACUGGAAAGAAAAAUAAAUGGAAAAAAUAAACAUAAACUGGAAUAAACUUCUGAUUAACUUAGUGGAAAAAUGUACUCAACUGCAAUGUGCUAAGACACACUGUGUAUUGUGCAAUAUUUAUUUGGAGGGAAGGCUGAAAAAUGAACCUCGCAAACAGAGAAGUAUUAUAUACAUGCACAUGUAGUAAGCCAUACCUGUAUUUACCAACAUCCAUUGUACUAUGUGCAGUGAAUUGAUAGCACAUUUUAUAUAAAGGAGAAAUCCAUGCUGGUGUGUAUAAUAGCCUUAUUAUUUUGAAUGAAUGCAGCAGAUGGAAGCAGAAUUAUCAGCAAAUGCCACCCUUAAAAUAAAUCUUCACCUGUUGACAAGAAUGUCAAAGGAAAGGAAACACAAAAAGCAUAGUGAAAGUCAGUACACCACUUUUGGAAAUGAAGAGAUAAAAAGAUUUAGGCAUUCUGUUUUCAAUACUGCUUUCAAAAAUGAUGUACUGUUACAAGUUGUUGUCCAUGAUUCCUGAAACACAUUUUCAUGCCCUUUUGAGUAAAUGCUGCUAUGAAAACACUUAAAACUUUUUAAAAGUGUGGAUUUCAUUUAAGCAAUUAUUAGUGUUAGUCCAUGCAUUACAAAAUUAAUGUUCCACAAACACUUCUCUCUCCUAACUGUGACUUAAUUGCUUGGAACUCUCUAUAAAUGACAAUCUUUACUGUAAAUUUAAUUUUUAAUACUUCUGUUGUUAUAUUCUUCUGUAGAUGAUUAUUUCAAGAAGGCCAAAACAUAUUGGGAAAAAAUAAUCAACACCUUGAAAGACAGCCAAGUGGGAAGCAGUAGAUGGAGAGAUUAUAAAGUAAUAUUGAUAACUUUCUGAUUCUGUUGUAGUGUGGCAUAAAUUGUCACUGAAACACCCUGUUCUCAAUUUCUAAUUUUCAUCUUUAAAAAAAUAGUCAACACUAUUUCAGUGUUAGUCUUCACUGCUACAAUAAACCCCAUCAUUUUUUAUAUUUGAAGGCUAUGUUCACUGCACAUGCAUUAUUGCCCACUCAAAAUAUGUACUGGGUGACUACAGUACACACAGUCAUAUAACAGAAUGAGUGCUUCAUGUACAUUCUAUGGUAAUUAUAGUCCCUAACUGUUAACAUAGGGUUUCUGUGGACGGGAGAUUCUUCUCCUUGCAAAGUUGAUGGUGCUAAAGCUUGUCUUUGAAAUAAAAGUUGGUCAAACCAACUUGUAUCCAAAUUGACUCAUGCUCAUACAUAUACAUGUACAUGUAGGAGGUCUUUCAGGUGUAUAGUUUGUGCUUUUGGGUUAAAAGUGGAGUGAAGCAUAUAUGUAUACCGUCUAUUACAAAGUGAGGUAGAGUCAUUUUAAGGUCACAUUUUAAAAAAGUCAAUCAAAAUUGCAGUUUGUUGUUGUCAUGAACAGUCACUUUGUCCAUAACACACUAUAAAAUUAAAAUCUUUAUUGUCAUAGUUGAUGUAUUCACCAAUCACAUCAAACAGUAACAACAAGUUUUUUUGGCAGGAAAUGCUGAUGAAUUAUGUGGUGGUGAACUUCCUACCCCUCAAACAAAGAAUGAAGCGUAAGAAAUGUGAAGUAAGAUUUGUUUAUUAAUAAUUUUUUUUCAAAUUGUAUGCCUACCUAUAAUGGCCUACUUACUGAACCAAGUGAUUACAUUUUCAUUCACUGGGUAUCAGUCAAACCUCUGAAUUUUCAGUUUAAGCACUGUUGCCUUUUUCUUGCCUUAGAAUUGGCCAAAAGCCACCCAGGUGACUUCCUGAUAAAGUUACACAUACAAUGGUUGCCUCAUAGACAGUAGCAUCUUUUGCGUGUGAUAUUUUGCCCUUGCAUGGUUGAUUGGUUGAUACAGCAGCAUAAACACAUCUUUGUUCCUUUUAUUGUUGAUAAUCUUUAAUGAUAAUUUAAGACAGUGUGUCUCAUUUUAUUCUGGACAGUCUGUUAAAUUUUAGGAAGUGAAACUAGUUGUGAGAGUGUGCACAAUUAAUCCAAAAAAUUACAAUUUCCAAGAUAAGUAGAAUAGCCAAGUCAUGAAAGCAAUAGGUGGCUCUUUCUACUGGCUUGGUGUUAUCAUAACCGAAUCAUACAGGUUGUCAGGAGAACUUGAGAAAAUUUUGUUUAGCAUAAGCCAGGGUUCUUGUUUAGAGCUUGUUUAGAGCUGAAACCUGGGACUGAAAUAUUUACCUGUAAUCCAACAGUUUUUUCAAUUUUUUGGAAAAAAUUCUCUUAUCUCCCUCUAACCAAUGCUGUGAAGAUAUCUAUAACGUGUUGCUGGCUUGAAAAUACAUCAUAUGUUGAAGAAAUCCUGCUUGUUUUUACCAAAUUAAUCCCUCGCAGUCUUCUCUCAAAACGACCUCUGCCAUGUUUCCUUUCCAUUCUUCUCACCACUAAACCAAAAAGCCUGCUAACAUGGUGUCCACACAUGGCUCUACCCCUGGACCCCAGUGGGGGCCCAUGCAGCCCCCACUCCCCCAGCAUGGGGUAAAGUAACAAAGUUACCUGCUGUUUCUUAUUUUUUACUUGCUAUGAAAAAACUUAGUUAGAACCCUGAGAAGCUGAAAGGUAUUGAUUGACAGUAUUUGCAAAAUUUCCACCAAUACUCUGAGGGAAUUUUUAUUCCAGUAAACCAGUAGAAAGUGUAGUCUGUUGCUGUUAUAAUCAAAUAGCCAUUGGUUUAUUGGUACCAAGAAUAAUAGGUUUGACCAAUCAGAACAUACAUAGUGUCUCAGAUAAAGAGACAAGGGUAUGGAGAUGUUUAGGAAAACAAAAGGUAAUAAUUUGUGGAUACUCCACUGUCAGUUGUAGUGACACUUGCUAGUGAAGUUCUUGAGUAAGACCAAUAAGCAAUAUUUCAGUUAAAAAUUGAUUUUGUGAAAUCUGCACAUUUUGCAGAGCCCCAAAUCUCAGUAAUUUAGACCUAUUUAAUUUUUUUUCAAUUUCAUCCCAUAAUAUUUCACUUAAAAAUUCAUGAUACAAUCCAACAAAAUUUCUGUGAUAUCUCCAUGAUAGGCAUGUUUGAUGCCUCGCUUUCUGACGGAACGUGUGGUCUGUUAUGAAGAGCCUGAUGGAGAGGUUAAACAGGUGGGUUAAACACAGCAUUCUAAUUUGUUGUGGCUGUGUGAUAAAUUAAUGUUUUAUUUAAUUCAAGAAAUUGGCCUUUCCAGAUCAACAAAGGAUGGCCAGUCAGGGAAUGUUUCUUUUUCUUUUCACUUUUAAAAUUUCAUCUUAGUAAGCAAGCCAAAGUGAUCACAUGGGAAAUUGACUUAGUGCGGGUCAGUAAGAUCAUAGUAUGUGCAUGGGUCAGCUCAGCUGCUUGUGUUAGUAAACAUGCAAAGUUUGAUAUAAGUAAUUGAUUAGGUGGUGAUUGUGAGAUCAUCACAGUAGCCAGUUAUGUGUUGGGAAUGCAUGGAAAUUUGUGAGAGCUGGAAAGAAGUAUGAAAGUAUAAAGAAAACUUUUGGCUUUUCAAAAUUAAAGGUUUUUUUUUUGUGAUGGAUAUUCUGUUUAUUAGUGGUUUCGUUUUGAAGUCAAUGUAUACAUUUUUAGAACACUAUUAUGGUGAUGCAGAUUAUGAACAUUGUUCCCUUCAGUCUCUUGCUUGUAUGUACUACACACUUUUCGUUCAGUAUCAGCUUUCUUUUAUAUAGUGGGACCUUACAGAGGUGCUUAACUCCUAAGUACAUGUAUCUCUAUUUUUCAUAAACUAGUAAUGGUAACAGGACAGAGUGGAGUCCAAUUCCAUCUGUAAUAAUAUGAGUGAUCACAUAAUUGCACAGCUGUGCAGCAGGAGUCUGAUUUGUUUAUCACAAGUAUAUCUACAGACUGAAUUGGACAACACAAUGUCUUUAGUACCAUUUAACCCUAACCCUAACCCUAACCCUAACCCUAUAAGCAAUUACAAUUUCCAAGAAAAAAAGAAUAGCCAAGUUAUGAAAGAAAGGGAAAAUUUGCAUCAAAAUACUGACAAAGGUUGUGAUUGGUUGAUUUAAACUACAACUUUGAAUGUGAUUGCCUUUUUGAACUGUCUGAUAACAAACUGUCUGAUAUCAACUUGGCAGGAGAAUAAGCAUAGGUAAAUUGCGAUUUUUAUGAUUAAUUGAGAAAUCAGCUUGCAAUUUAAGUUUGCAAUUAGUGUGUAAGCAAAUGAACAAUUGGUACAACUAAAAGGUUAAAUUAAUUAGAUCUAUUUUGCCAUAUUUUCAUUGGGUCACAUCAUGCAUGUAACAUGAUUAUUUGACCUUGAUUAAAUGUGAUUUACUUUGGAUAAUACCAGUAAUUCUUCUGUGAGUACAAUAUGUUUGCUACUCAAAUGUUUUCUGAGACUCAACCACACUUAGCGAAUAUUUAUACCUUCAUUGUAGAAAUUUAAAGUUUGUCAGUCUUGUGCAGCAAAAGGGUCUGUCUACCAUGACCUUCACCAUUACAAGCAGCAGCUGAAGGAAAACUGCUCUGAACAGGUACCAAACUUAUGAGCUGAUGAUAGAGAUAUGUACAGCUGUAUGUUCAUGAAGGCCAUAGUCAGUAUUCUAUUUUUUUAGCUACACUGUAAAAGAUCAGUUGAAUAUAUACAGCAAUUUGCACACUUCUCAACCCCUGAAAUAAUCUUCAAGUGGCAAGUUGUUGACAUGAAGAGUGUAAGAAUGCUUUGGAAAAAAACUAUAAAAAAAUGGAAAUCAAGUAAAAAAGAGAAACCUUCAACCAAAGGUCUUUUUGUUUAUUUGUUUAUUUUUUUCCUUGAUAGUUUUAUCAUUAUUUUCAUUGUGAUCGUUAUUAUAAUUACUAUUUUUACCUAUUUAUUUAUUUAUUUAUUUCAAUUUUAACAAGUACUAUACAUAACUCUAGAUUGUGGAGAAUAUUAAGAUAUUUACUAAAGUUUACUAACUGAUUAUGUUUAUCAGUCACUAGAAUUGCACAGUGUACUGUGAUGAAAGUGCCAGGUUGAGGAAGACUUACCAUAGACUGUAAGCCUUAGCUAACUUCACAAACUUUGAAAGAAUUUAAAAUAUUUUUUAAUCUCAGUUAGAAAAGGUGCAACAAAUGGCAGGAACUGAAACACCUGAAGGAAUCAUCAAAAAAUGUCUCGAUGAUGAAAGGUGGCUGGAUUGGGUGAGGCAAAAUGUUUUUCUUCUUUGAAGUCAAGUCAUCUAUCCCUCUCUUUUUUUAUAAAUAUACCUUAAUCCACUCAACCUUUGCUUUCUUUUUUUAUCGCAGCUGUUUAGCCAUUUCCAGUCAACUUUGAAUGCUGCGAAUAAAUGGGCAGUUGAUUGAGAUAGAACACUGGCCGUGAAGAAUUAUCAAUUGUCAGUUAUCAAUUAGGCAUGUCGUGCUUACUGUUCACAUUUGUGUUACAAGAGGUUCUCGAUGCAUCUGGUAAACUGACGAUUUUGUCUCCUAAAGAACUAAGUUAGGCUAGUAGUUGGGGGACCCCGUAUUAUGGAUUAAUUUAGGAACAUUUGCCAAUUUUAAAUUAUUUUAAUACUCCUGAAUUGCCUCAAGGGUAGAAAUAGCACCACACUUUCCCAGCUUCAGUGUAACGAUAUAAUUUUUUGUUAUCAAGUUUUUAUGCUAGCGCUAAAAAUUUAUAUAAAAUUCAGCGUAGAAACUGCGAGAUUUUAUUAAGUUCAGCAAUGCGUAAAUGCUACCAAUACAGUCAGCUGAAAACAGUUGUUAUUAGAUCAUAACUGUAAUUAGUGUUAAAC